CAGAAAGGAAGACUUGGGAGACAGAGCAGCAGUAGAAUGAUUGAAGACAAAAGGUUAUAAGAAACUAACUACAUUCACAGGUCUUUCUCAUGGUUCCUGGCGACCACACAUCCUCCUGGGCUUGCUCAUUAUAGCAGUUAGUGCUUCACAGAGGCCCUGCAAUGGACAUUUACUGCAAGCUCUAGUUCCAAAACAGAAUCCAGGGAAAUAUUUCUGACCAAGAGCUGAAUGAACAAGAAUUUCAAGGGGGUGGUAAAAACAGGAAAAGAAGCCCAUAAAAGAUGAGAAAAGCUGGAUGCUUGCCAAACUUAUUUAGGAAGAUUAUGGAUAGGCACCAAGUGUUCCAUUCAUAUUGUAUGAACGCUGUCCUCUUGGUGCUUAUUUGGACUGGCAUUGCAACAACACAGAAGGAUUGCACAGGUGUGGAGUGUAAGCAGCCAGAAAAUUGCAUUGAAGAAGUUCUUGAGCCUGAAGAAUGCUGUGCCUCUUGUCUGCAACAUGGCUGUACUUGCGAAGGAUACCAGUACUAUGAUUGUGUGAAUGUAGGCUUUAUCAAUGGAAAAGUACCUGAAGGACAGUCUUAUUUGGUCGACUUUGGAAGUACAGAAUGUUCUUGUCCCAAAGGUGGGGGCAAAAUCAGCUGCCAGUUUAUGUUAUGUCCAGACCUUCCACAAAACUGCAUUGAUGCUGUUCUACCAGCAGAUGGGUGCCCGCAGUGUGGAAGAAUAGGCUGUGUCCAUGAAGACCAGAAAUAUGCUGCAGGACAUACAUUCCGCAUGCCUACAUGCAAAGUAUGUCAUUGCCCUAAUUCUGGAGGUGACCUCAUGUGCUAUCAGCUCCCGGAUUGUAAUGAAUCCACAUUAACCUCCCCUAAUCCAUCUGAUACCAUGGAACUAGAGCAGCACUAUGAUGAUCCAUACAGUUAUGACCAAGAGGCACCAGAAGGAGACACCACUCAGGUGGAGCCACCUAAAAAAUACUACAGUUAUUCAACACAUUUGGAACAAGAGAGCAUAGGCCAAGAACAAAGUGAGGAUUAUGACUACCUUGCAAGCAGUAUCACUCCCCCUUCACUGACUCAGCCUAUUUCAUACCCAGUAAUGCAGCAACAAACGAACACAAAUAUUCCUAUCAUGAAUCAUCCAGAAAACAGGAGCAACAGUGAAAUUAGCAAGGUCAGGAUUAACACAAGCACAGUAUCAACAACCAGAGUACCGCAAGGAUAUAAUAAGAUCACCACUGCAAAUACUAUUUUAAAGGAAGAAGUCGUGGCAACAACUGAGACACCCCGGAAUACGGCACAAGUGGAGAAGCUAAACGCAGUCAGCCAUGGGAGAAUUGAGCAAGGAGAAAAUUCCCACUUUAGAAUCAAACUAAACAUGAGAAAAGACCAGAAACUAAAAGUACCCAAAUCAUUGGAUUUCAAGGAGUCCAAAGGAGAUAAUUUCCCUGAAGUCAAAUUUAAUCCAACACCAUCAUCACUCAUUGCACUGAAAGAAGACCAUAACUGGAUAGCCUCCAAACAGUCUCAAACACUUUAUCAUUACCCGCCUGAUGAAGACGUAGAUCCCAAUUCUGUUCAUACAUCCUCCAGAUUAUCAGAAGAUUCAACGAAAGAUUUAAUUGAAACUUGCUGUGCUGCUGGGCAACAGUGGGCUAUUGAUAACAAUGAAUGUACAGAAAUUCCAGUAAGUGGAACAGAAGGUGACAUUUGCAGAAUUGCUCAGAAGCAGUGUUGUGUCUCGUAUUUAAAGGAGAAUAGCUGCAUUGCUGGCAUGAUCGCUGCCAGAGAAGGUGAUUUAUGUGGAUCAGAUGAAAGUGACACCUGUGGAGGAUCAUUUUAUAAGCAAUGUUGUGAUUGCUGCAUGUUGGGCCAACGAGUAAAAAAUGAGGGUCAAACCUGUGAGCCCAAUGCGAAUCUUGGCUAUCCUUGCAAUCAUGUGAUGCUUUCCUGUUGUGAUGGAGAAGACCACCUUAUCUCUCCAGAACUGAAGAGACAACCUGAACCAUUGUCAACAGUGACACCUGAAAAACUUACAGAGACAGAGGAUCACAAUGAAGCCUUGUCAAUUAGUAAUGAACCUGAAAUGUCAAACAGCCUGCCUGGGGAUGACCAGGAUGAGUGCCUUGUCUAUCCAGGAGAGCUUUGUCAACACCUCUGUAUCAACACUGUGGGAUCCUACAAGUGUUCAUGUUUCCCAAGUUUUACUUUGCAAGAUGAUGGACUCAGCUGCAAUCCAGAUUUUGAAGAAGAUGGACAAAACACCGCCUUAGGGGAGAAAGCCACUCUUGCUCCAGAAGCUUUAAAUAUCCAACCUGCAACCAACAACACUUUACAAGUAGAACAAGAUAAGUGUAAAGAUAAUGGUCCCUGCAAGCACAUAUGUAAUACGAUGGAAGGGAAAAUUGUGUGUUCUUGUUCACUUGGCUUUGUCCUCAUGUCAGAUGGUGUUUCCUGCGAAGAUAUUAAUGAAUGUGUAUCAGACACUCAUACUUGCAAGAGAGGAGAACAUUGUAUUAAUACAAUUGGAUCAUUUACAUGUCUUCAACAACUCAUCUGCCAAUCAGGAUAUGAACUUAAGGACGGUGAAUGUGUUGAUAUUGAUGAAUGUGAAAGAGGAACUCACAGCUGCAAGAUAAACUUUGCAUGUCAAAAUACAGAAGGAUCAUUCUAUUGUGAAUCAAAGCAACGAUGCAUGGAAGGAUUUUUACAAGAUCCAGAGGGAAACUGUGUUGACAUUAAUGAAUGUACAUCCCUUCCUGAACCAUGUAAGGCUGGAUUCAAUUGCAUCAAUACUGUUGGGUCUUAUACUUGUCAGAAGAACCUCUUAAUAUGCAGCAGAGGAUAUCAUUCAAGUGAAGAUGGAACCAGAUGUGUUGAUGUUGAUGAAUGUCAGUCUGGCACACACCACUGUGGAGAAGGACAGAUUUGUCACAAUCUACCUGGAGCGUACCGCUGUGAUUGUAAGAUGGGAUAUCAGUAUGAUUCAUUCAGCAGAACUUGCAUUGACAUAAAUGAAUGCUGGAAUUAUCCAGGCCGACUCUGCCAGCAUUCAUGUGAAAACACUGCUGGAUCCUAUCAUUGCUCGUGUUCUUCUGGAUUUCGCUUGGCUUACGAUGGGAAGCAUUGUGAAGAUGUCAAUGAAUGUGACAAUAAUCCGUGCAGUCAAGAAUGUGCUAAUAUUUAUGGUUCCUAUCAGUGUUACUGCAGGCAAGGCUACCAAUUGGCGGAAGACGGCCAUUCUUGUAAAGAUAUUGAUGAAUGCGCCCAAAGUGCAGGUAUUCUGUGCACUUUCCGCUGUCUCAAUGUGCCUGGGAGUUAUCAGUGUGCUUGCCCUGAUCAAGGAUAUACAAUGGCAGCCAAUGGAAGGACCUGCAGAGAUAUCGAUGAAUGUGCAAUGGGAUCCCACAAUUGUUCAUCAGCAGAAUCUUGCUAUAAUAUUCAAGGCAGCUUCCGAUGCCUUUUAAUUGAGUGUCCACCAAACUACAGAAAAGUGUCUGACAUGAGAUGUGAGCGUAUCAACUGCUUCAACUAUCUGGAUUGCCAAAGCACUCCACUCCGUAUUACUUACUAUCAGCUUAAUUUCCAAACGAACAUUGUGGUCCCAGCUCAUAUUUUCCGAAUUGGCCCCUCGCCUGCUUAUGCCGGAGACAACAUAAUCCUUACAAUCAACAAAGGAAAUGAAGAAAACUACUUCAACACCAGGAAGCUGAAUUCCUACACCGGCAUCGUCUACCUUCAGAGACAAGUGAGGGAACCCAAAGACUUCUUGCUCGAUGUUGAAAUGAAGCUUUGGCGUCAAGGAACUUAUACAACUUUUCUGGCCAAAAUUUAUAUCUUCAUCACAUCUCACGCAUACUGAGGUGGAGGGAUUACUGUUGAAGCUCAUUGGUGCUAUUUUUUAAAAUCUUUCCUGCCAAAGUUUGUGGUAAUAGGGAAAAACUGAUAGAAAAUAUAGCCUGUCAUAUUAUUUUUCUAGCUCCUAAAAUAUCCUUGUUUUUGUAAAAUUAACUUAAAAUGUAUUCACCUGUUUCUCUUAUAACUCUGAAUGUUUAGCUGAGCAAAAUAAGGCUAUUGAGUUUUGAUGCAAAUAUGCACAGUAGUUAUGCUGUGUUUUAAAAGUUACAUUAAUAUUGCACCAGUGACAACCUCAGAAUUAGUCACCAGGGAUGGGGGCAUGAUUUACCCAAACUUAAACAAUCCAGAAAAGAUGGAACUCAAAGGGAAAAAUAAAUAUGUAGCCACUGAAAUCAAUUGUACUUGAAAGGUGCUUAAGUGCAAUUCAUUUGAGUUCAUGAGAGGGCAGAAUGCCAAUUCCCAGUCUUGAAAAUAACUAAAAAAAAGAAGUUGCAUGUCAGACAAUGAUCUUUUUUUCACUUACCGACAAUUACCCAAUGUAAUUUUAAACAGACAAAAAGCUUCCUUUGCUGAAGAUGCCAAUAAUAUGUGGUGGAAACUUGCUGUGCCAAUCAAAUUCUGUUUUUAUACUACCAUCUUUGUCAAGCACAUUAGUGAAUCAGAUGUUGAUCUGUCUGCAUGUUCCCCCUUGAUUGACUUGCCCGACCAAUUCUGAGAGCUGCUGCCUCCUCAGCUAAAAGUUGCAAAUUAUAGCUGUGGUAGAGAGGCACAAGCAAGUGACCAGGCAUAAGUCUGACCCAACUUAACAUGAAUAUAGCCCUCACAGUUGAUUCACAUGCAAUAAACUCUUCAUAUAGUAUUUGUAUCAUCAGGCUUUACUUUUUCCAUAUCUUAGAAAAUGUCACUGUGAGCCGUUUCCACGGAGUUGGCUUUCCACCUCAUGCAAGGUUACUGGUGCCCUAAUGCAAGGGGAUGUGAAGGCCACCCCCAACUCCUGAGACUUGCUACUUGCUGUGCUUCUCAUGUAAAUUCUUGGGACCAGCUUGCCAGGAUUCAUAGAAAUACAUCCUCCUUUCUGGUAUGUUCAUGCCAGCAGUACAAAAUUGUUGCCACACUUUGUCGGGCAAUACAAUUCUUGUGUAAAUCUCUCUUUGCUGCAAGAACUACAUGAAGGGUGAACAAAAUCUACUUCAAGUUGGAAGUUCCCAAGCAGCGUUCUCAGGCACAUGGGGAGAGUCCAGGGCCCCCCUACUGUACCUCAUGAUUGGGACAUGCUACUUGUUGUUUGCUCACUGUGGUGGCUUGUUUUCUGAACGAAGCCUCAUGAAAGAUACAUGUGCUGGGUGUCCCUAGUGAGCCAUCCUUCCAAUCCAAACAAGCCCUGACAUUAAGUCCUUGGGUGUCCUCGGGCAGGUUUAAAAGAAUGGCUUAUCUCAGCCACUGGAGUUGCAUAGCACUAAGACAGUGUUGUCCAAACUUGGCCACUUUAAGAUGAGUGGACUUCAACUCCCAGAAUUCCCCAGCCAGCCAUGUCCACUCAUCUUAAAGUGGCCAAGUUUGGACAACACUGCACUAAGGCUACAAACAUCCAGAGGACUACUAGAGACAAAGAGAAUGAGUGUUAUGUCACUUCUGCUGCCACCUAGUAAUUCAGAUUUUGGCACUCCUCAGGGCUCUUUCCUCCCUUGCUAUCCCAGGCUGAGGAAUCACGGCUGCCAAAAAGGAAACCACAGCCAUCUAUUUAACUGUUUUCCUAUGCCUUUCAGCAGUAUGGUUACUGAAGAUGAAGGCCUCUGUGGGCCAGAGUGGGGCAUGUUAUAUGCAAGCAUUUCAGCCUGUGUCACUUGUCCCACAAAUAGCAAUCCCUUCUUCUAGACACCUUUUCAAGACAGAAAGCCCAUAUCCUGUCUUGCACUCAGCAUAUAUGAUGAACAGCUCUUAUGUGGUCCACAUUGUGAUGACAGAUAUUCAGAGAGACAAAGAGGCUGUAACUUAAAUCCCGUUUACUUGGAAAUUAGUCCCAUUCAGCACAAGGUGGAGUUAUUUCUGAAUGGCAUUGAGGAUACUCUGUCACUCACUAUUACAUUUGUUCCUCCCCUUGAAGCAUUUAAGUGGAAGCAUUUAAUUUAAAAUUUAAUUAGGACUUAACACCAAGUGGCAGUUGAUCCACACUGCAAGUGAAGCAUUUUCAGGUCAAAAGAAAAUGAUGGCUGCGUUGUGCUUUCUGGCUGAAAUGUACCUUGCUCUUUGGGGUAUCUGCUUGGUUUCAUAUGUAAAUUCCGUUCUGAAGGGACACUAUAUUUUCAAGGAAUGUUAGAUGCAGACAAGAUGUAUUAUAAUUUUUCAAGGAAAUACCAAAGAUGAGCAAGGCCAAACCAAAGAUACUAAAAUGUUAUUGAAUACCUGGUUGUAUUGCAUGGCUAGCCAAUUAAGAUCAAACUUGAAGUAAAGUGAUAGGUGUGUUUUCUACUUUUCUAGCUUGAAUUACCCAGCAAAAAUGGAAGAGUAUUUGGAAGUGUGUAUAGACCAGUGUUUGUCAACUUCCGCAACUUUAAGAUGUGUGGAGGUGGCUGGGGAAUUCUGGGAGUUGAAGUCCAUAUAUCUUAAAGUUGCUGAGGUUGACAAACAGUGAUAUAGACUAUAUCACACACUAAUAGCCCAAUGCAAAAUGUACAUUUUUUAUAUUGCUCUUACUUUAUAUAAAAACUGAAUGAGGUCCAAAUCUACAGCUCAUAUAUACUAACAGAUACCUUAAUCGAAAGAUUUGUAGAAAUUUACAAAUGAACAGUAAUUGUUAAAAAUAAAUAUUUGGGUUUUUUUAG